GCCUGUCCCUUCUUUGUUGCCGCCGCCAUCCUCUCUCCCGUCGUCGUCGACGUCUUCUCCUUCGCCGCCUUGAAUCCCCCCGCCUUCAUCUUACUGAAGGGCCAGGGACUGCGGCUAAUUUGGACUUUCGAGUGUGCUGAAUCAGUAUAGUCAGUAAUCUCUCAAUUCCUGUUACUAGGAUAGUAGAACGUGUCUUCUUUCCGCUGAAGUGCUGAACUGCUACGAUUUGGCACUUGGGACGUGUUGUCUAUCUGUCUUUCUUGGCAGAUAUGAUAAGAGAAAAGAGGUGAAUCAGAGAAAUUCAGUAAUAAGUGUCCCAGCGCCUUGGUGGGUGUUCGAGGCGGUGGGCACUUGCAGCCGCCUGCGCAUACAGAAAGGUACAGCUACGGUGAUCACGGCAGCACCAUGAAACCGGUCAUGGUUGAUUGGUCGUCGCUUCCAUUCGACCUCGUCCGCCACGUGGCUGUCUGCCUGCUGGCUACCAAUGACAUCGACUACUACAUGAACAUGCGUGCAGUCUGCUGCUGUUGGCGCAUUGCGAUCGCAGACCCAUGUCGACGAGGCUCAGACGCUCACCUCCUCAUCUUCCACCCUCGCCAGUGGAUCAUGCUCGACGAGGAAUCUGAAUCCGAAAACCGCCUCUUUGUCAACGUCUCCACCGGACGGUUCCUCCGCCUGCGCCUCCCAUUGCUUCGCGACCACACCGUGGUCAGCGCCUCAGAUGGUCUUGUCAUCCUCAGGGAAAGUAACCACCCUCAUGCUGCCUGUGUGCUUAACCCCUUCACUGGCUCCUUGAUCCGCUUUUCCGUGCCGAUACACCCUGAACAUAUAAAGAUGAAUGCGGUAACUGGUUCUGAGCCAGGACUGCUCCGGUACACGUGUCAUGAUGGCGAUAAAAUCUUUCGGUGUGCGGAUCCAACCAGCAAUUUCUUCUCAGUGCAGCUCUCUCACCGUGGCCAGUGCAAGGUUCAAAGCAUGGUAGCCUAUGCUGGCCACGUCUAUGCGGUCGACAUGGAGGGAUCAUUAUUCAGGAUUGCUGGGACAGUGCAGCACAGCUACGGCGAGCUGAUCCUGAAAGUCAAGUUUCUGGGCAAAUCUACUUUUUUUCUCGUGGAGUCUGCCGGGGAUCUGCUGCUCGUUCAUGACACACACUGGGGAAUCUUUCUAAUUUUUCGGGUUGAUCUCGAGCUGAAUAUGCUUGAGGCUGUGAAGAGUAUUGGCAGUCGGGCGCUCUUCCUUGGCCCCAGGAGCCUAUCGGUUGAUGCAGAUAAGCUUCCAUCAAUCAAUGGUGGUUGUUUAUACUACAAAGGUUCAACAGGGAUGUUUGUGCGUGACCUCAAGGAUGGCAGAGAGUCAUGGAUAAGUAGAAUGAUGCCACCGAAUCACACAGAGAGCUUUAGCGUUCGCCCUAAGAGCCUUGUUCAGGUGCUCUUCUUUUACUGCAUGUUUGCUCCGAAUGUAAAAUAUCUGAUGAAAUAUUUGUACUACUAGAAAGGACUAGUUAAAUUGGUGCAGCAAAGGGUUCAUGUUUUAAUCAUGUACUAGUUUUGAUAUUGGUCCAAGUUGAAUAGAAAAGAAGCUAAAAAAAACUGUGUAUCAAUUUACAAAAGUUGUUCAGGCUUAUGUAAGAACAAGCAAGAACAAUUA